AUGAAGAAGAUUGUUAUUUUCCUUUUGAUUGCCUUGCUUGCACUUGUUGUAUGUAGUUGUACUGUGAAUUGUCAGAAUCCUCCUCCAGAUCAAGACGAUGGAAGUGGAGGUGGUGGAGCAGAAGAUAUGGGUCAAGGACCAAUGGCUUUUGAAAACGAAUGGGAGGAGGAUCAACAGCAAUACCCAUCGUAUGAUCAACAACAACAGUAUCCUUAUUAUGAUCAACAGCAAUACCCUUCAUAUGGUCAACAAUAUGGUGACGAUCAACAGUAUGGCGGUGGUUCGUAUUAUUAA